GCAAGAGCAUGUAAAGGAAUUCAAAAACAGAUCUAUUUUUUCGGCUUUCUUUUGGUCUUAUAUCAAACAAUGCAGCUAUGAUUUUAUAAAGAAAUACUUGCUUUUAAGUUAUCGGCCAUGGACUUCGCGUAAUUUAGCAUUUUGCCUCGUCAACGASCUAAGACCUUUAUGUAAAUUUGGAGCAGCUGGUGUUGUGCAACACCCUUCAAAGAAAGAACAUGGCUUCWGAUGUGCUUUCAGAUAGCCAUUCCUAUGGAUUAGAUCUAGAUCGAUUCGACAACAGGCCAUCAGUCGCCGCAUCAGGAAUAGUGGAUUUAAARUCAGCAAUCAAGGCGGGAUACCUGUGGAAAUUGUCUUCAACAAAAUCAAGUUAUUAUGUGUUAACAAAGAGCUCACUAGACCACUACAAAAAUAGACACUGUGACAAACUUAAGGGUAGUGUUCCACURGUAGCCUUGGAAAACAUAGAGAUUGGUUCACCUAACAACAGAUCUUUUCAAAUCAAUGGACAGUUUACRAACCCUAUUAUACUGCAAGCUCCUUCUAGGGACGAAGCCCAGGAAUGGAAAAAAGCUAUUGAGGAAGGMAUUCAGCACUGGAGACUUGAYUCUGUCCAAGACAAYGGCUCAGUGUCACAAGAAAAUGAGCUGAAUAACCAAGAAAAGGAGGCCAUUGAAAUUCCAUCAACUUUGAUGUUGUCAUAUCCAUCAUUAAAAGGACAAGCAGACAAGCAGUCACCGACAUCAGACUUAGUUGUUUUCUCUGCUGCAAGUGAAGUCCAUCAUGAGUUUGCAAUGAUCAAGUAUGCCAGGGCAGGGAAAGCCAUUCCACAUGAAAAAGUUGUGAAGCUUGAUAAUGAUAACUUGCACAUCAUGUGGAAGAAGAGAGGGAAUUUGCACAACUUUUCCUAUCGGAAUACAUUGUCUCUGGAUAAAGUUGURGAAGUGAGAUGCGGUCAACAAACCAAGAACUUUAUCAAGUUUCCUUACUCAGAAGUAGAGAGUCAAUCAUUUUCCCUAAUAUUUGAGAAAGACCAAGGGGAAUGGGGACAGCUUGUAUCAUUAGACUUGAUAUGUGACUCACUAAAAGCUUUYAAUAAAUGGAAAAAUGCUUUAAGUGAAAUUAUUUACUGCAAAGAUUCAAGAUUAAAUAGACAAAAAUACAGAGGCAUUGAUCCAGUGGUUUUAUGGUUAAAGCGACACUGGUCUGUACUGGUCUGCAAACAAAGCAGAAGUAUCACUGCAGACCAUGUUCAAACUUUUGCAAAUCAUUGCUGGCCGGAGGGUAACAGGAAACGUCUUAAGAAUAAAAUUAAAAGUGUUCUUGAGACACAAUGUGGUGUCAGCCAAGCCCAAGCAAGACUGGUGUGGAGUUCCUUUAUGCUGUUGUUUGACAGUUUAAAUGAACAAGCUAGGCUUUUUGGUGUGUAUGCUCGAUAUGCUCGCUCCUAUCCGCACCUUGGAUUAACACCUGAGGAGUUUAGACAGUUUCUGAUGAAAGAGCAAAAGGAGURUUUGAGCGUGGAAAUGUGUGUACACCUGAUUCACUUCCAUGACAAGUUCCAUACGAUGUACAAACGAAGAUGUGCUGGUAGUGAUCCUGAUGAUUACAAACGAAGCAAGCAUUUCCUGUCUUAUCAUGGAUUCAUUAGUUACCUUAGAAGCGACGACAACGGCGUCAUCAAGCCUGAACACAACACUGUUUAUCAAGACAUGGAUCAACCUCUCUCAGAUUAUUUCAUCAACUCAUCACACAAUACAUACCUAACUGGUCAUCAACUGCGAGGAUGGUCGAGUCUGGAGUCGUACGUAAGGGCACUCCUUCAAGGCUGUAGAUGUCUGGAACUAGACUGCUGGGAUGGCCCUGAUGGGCCUGURAUAACGCAUGGAUUAACUCUUACUUCAAAGAUUAGAUUCAGGGAUGUCGUUCAAGUGAUUAAAGAAUACGCAUUUGAAACAUCAGAUUACCCAGUUAUUUUAUCGCUAGAGAAUCACUGCAAACAGCAACAACAGGCAAUAAUGGCYGAUAUCUUCAUGACAGAGCUUGGUGAUAUGCUGGUUUACAAUGAUUUGUGCUCUGAACGGAGAGAAAAUAAACUGCCUUCUCCCAACGAUUUGAAAGGAAAGAUUAUCCUUAAAGGGAAGAUUAAACUGAAGAAGAGGACCAAGGCCAAGUUCAGUGUGGUGUCAAUGGGAUCACAAGGAACAUCACCGCGGCAAAGAAAGAGUACGAAGACCUCAGUCGUCCACAGCCAAUCUGAAUUCAACUUGAUGAAAACGCACUCAUCACUUUCUCUUCACUCAACAUCAUCGCCCAACGACUCAAUGGAUAAGAGUACUCUCAGUGGAAAUCAGCAAGAAGACCCUUCUGAAGCUCAUGAUGUCGUUCUGUUAGAGGGUGCUAUGGACAAGCUCAUUAUAUAUUGUAGGGCGGUGCCUUACAAGAAGAACGAGGUGACGGACGAUUGUUGUGAAAUGUACUCAUUCAGCGAGUCGAGCUUGUAUGACUUGAUCACAGCAAAGUCACGAGGUAAAGGCUAUAGUAUUUUAGAGCUGAUUACUGAAGCACUUCUUGGCGAAAAGUCCUGCUAUUUCAACGUAGAGAUAUUAUCAGGGCAGUACCUACAUAUUGACGAUGGCUGUAGACUUCCAGUACGCGUCGAAGUGGAUACYGUCGGCAUCAAUGCUGAUUGUGCAUCGUUUUCCACAGAGGUGCGCUUCGAAAGACUAAACCCACAAUGGUCGAAUACUAAGCACAUGUUUAAGGUUGUCAUGCCAGAUCUGUGCCUAGUUUAUUUCAAAGUUGUUGUCAUUCAAAGGAACAAGAAACCGAAGCUGCUCUUCCAGAAUGUAAUGCCCCUGGACAGUAUGCGUCAAGGUAUCAGAUACAUUCCACUGAGGACUCCUACAGGGGUACUAUUUGCACACAGUGGUCUAUUUGUCAAGAUAAGAAUCCAAGAGUUUGAACAAGCAUCAUUCAACAUCAAAGGGACCUCAAGAGAACGUCUACUCACAAUGUAGUUUGACAUUGGGGUCAUUCGGUUAGAAACAGUGUGAAAAAAUUGCAAAUUCGAGAUAGCAAGGACACAUACUAGAAUCAUCUUAACAUCUUGCACAAAGGCUUGGAGCUUGUCAAAGCUAAUAAAGCUUUCUUUUUGUCUUUCAUUUGUCCAUUCCUUGUAAAUAUUAUUUUAACUAUUGUCAUUUGUCCAUUCCUUGUAAAUAUUAUUUUAACUAUUGUAUUUGAAUUGAAUGAUAUACAAUAAAGGGAAUUAAGUCUGA